UAUGCCUUUUGUUUCAGAAAAUGUUAAGCAAAUUAUAGAUCCCCGUAUUUCAAAGAGGCGGGGUGUGGCGUUUUAAACCUCAGUGUGGCAAAAUGACUGCAACGCAGUAUUAGGGUUUAAGCGAAACUAAUAAAUAAGAAAGAAAAAGAUACACCGCAAGUCGGUCGACGUUAGGCCGCAUGGAAGUCCCAAUCAUAGGCAGCGAUUCUGUCACAUGGCUCGAGCUGUCCGUCCCGGAGGCCGCCGGUUCAUCUGCCGGUUCACCUCUUCGUUUGGCUCCUCUCUCUAAGGAUUGUGCUUCCUGCUCCGUAAUUGGGGACCCCCUUGUCUAUCUUAUUUGGAGGAUUCACAAGAACCUCCCUUGUGCUAUUGAGCUACUUGAGCUCUCUGCUGAUAAAAAAUUUCUCAAAAUUGGACUCCGUAUCACUUUCUCUGAUGCCCUUUACCCUUUUGCUUAUAUCUGCAAGAACGAGUUUGGUCCUCCUGCGUAUCCCUAUUUGCUCUAUGCAUUGACUGUUACAGGAGUAGCUUACGGUUUCAAGUUAAGGAAUGUUUCUGGUUAUACUUCCAGCUCCACUUUUGCACAGGAUGAGGUUAUAGAGUUUAAUUUGCAGAGUUAUUUGAAUAAUGUAACAAUAACUAGUGUAUCAGCAACUGCCGGAUGUCUUGCCGUUGGCAGAAAUGAUGGCUCUGUUGCCUGUUUCCAACUUGGCUCACUUGACCAAAAUGCUCCCGGUUUUGUACAUGAGCUGCGGGAUGAUUUAAGCAUCAGUCGUUUGUGGGGUUUCAUGUCUAGGAGUAGGAUGGUAGGGGCUGUGCAGGAUUUGGUAAUACAGGAGUUUCACGGGCUAAAACUUUUGUUUGGGCUUCAUUCUGAUGGGAUCUUACGAGUAUGGGACUUGUCAUGUCGUGGAAAGCUCUUAAGCCACUCCAUGAGCAUUCCAAAUUUAGAAGGUGCAACAGUUGUAAGAUUGUGCGUGGGUGAUGCUACUACGGAUUUAAGCUUAAUUCCCUUGGCCAUCUUGUACAAACAUACUGUGGAAGUUAGCAUGGAGAUGGUCUAUGUUUUAAGGCUCCACUGUAGUUUCGGAGACAGGAUCAGUUUAUCAGUAGAGUCCUCAAUGCAAAAUAUUCCUCUUCAGGAGGGGGAAUUCAUCGAUUUCAAACUUACUUCAAAUAAGAUCUAUAUAUUGAAGGACAAUGGAUUAAUGCUUCAUAAUUUAAUUCAUACAAGUAACAGUGAGGAAGAAGCCAAGUGCUAUGCUUUGCAAGAAGAAUUUGUUGCUGAUCAGCUAUUUCAAAGUUCUGAACAUUCUUCAGAUGAUCUUGUUUGGAUUAUCCAUUCAAUAUUCUCAUAUACAAAGGAUCAUGUUGUGCCAUUUGUCUCUUCUAUGUUUUUGCAUCGGCUUCUUCACCCUGGAGUUCAUCAUAAUUCUGUUCUUCGUUCCACUCUGCUGGAUUAUAAUAGGCACUGGACUGAUACUGAAUUCCAGUCCUUAACUGUUGGUGGACUAAAGAAAGAAGUUUAUUCGCUAAUUGAACAUGAGGGUAUCAGUGAAAGUCCAACAUCAAUAUUUUCUUCCUGGAAACAUUUUUGUACACGUUAUUUUCAUAAUUGGUGCAAGUUCAAUUCACCAUGCGGUUUUCUAGUUCAGUCCUCUGCAGGUGUUAUUGGUUUAAUCAGAAAGAAUUCAAUAUCUUUAUUUCGUGAUAUGGAAAAAAUUGAGGUGCUUAUUGAUGGUUCUGCUGAUGAACUUCUUGAUCCAAUCAACUUUGGAUUGGAUUUAUCCGAUGAUGAUACUGAGCGUGAGAUUCUUAUGGACGCGAUUAGAUGCAUUAUGAAUGUGAGCCAACAAUUUGGGAAAGUAGCUUCUGCUAUAUUUUAUGAAUCACUUGUUGGCACGUCAGCUGUUUCUUCUGAAGAAAUUGUUCCCCGCUUGCUGAAGAUUCUGGAAACUGGAUACAGUUCAAUGGUGUCAUCGUUGCAUGUAUCCAAUCUUGGACGUGAUGCUGCUUUGGAAAAGGAACUGGCAGAUCAUAGAAAUUUGAGGAAAUUCUCAAUUGAUAUACUGUUUUCGCUUCAUGCUUUGCGCAGAAAAGCUGAUUCAUGGGGCCAAAUCUUGAAUGUUAUUGAGAGCUAUCUACAGUUUCUCGUACCUCAGAAGGUCGUACAAAAGUUAGAUGCUGGAACAUCACUUGAAAUGAAUAUUUCCAUUUUGGUCCAGGCUGCUUCUCAAAUUGCAAAGUCAAUGUUUGAUUCUGCAUUGGACAUUCUUCUAUUUGUGAGCUAUCUUGUCCAUAUCAGUGGGCAGAUAAAUAUGUUGCCUGAUGAUAUAUCCAGAAUUCAACUUGAACUUGUCCCAAUGAUUCAAGAUAUUGUUUUUGAGUGGUUGAUAAUUCAUUUUCUUUGCACCACUCCAUCUGAAUGUCCUGCAAUUGAAGAUUUCAGUUCCCAACUCUCAGCAUUGCAAAUCGAUGGCAGUAUUGAUAAAAGAUCAUGGAAUGACAAACUGGGCAAAUGUAAUUUUACAUUGGCUUUUAUACUUUCGACAACUAUUCAAACCUCUUGUGAAGAUCCUCAUCAGCAUUGUUCACAAAAUCUCCCAAAUCCGCAAAACAUCCUUGAUUUGGUGCGGAACUUUACAAGCUGGAUUAUUUGGGGAAAAUCUGGGGAAGAAUCUAAUUCUUUCUUAAAGCGUUCAAAUGAACUUGCUCUAAUUCUCCUUAAGCAUAGCCAGUAUGAUGCUGCUGAGUGCCUUCUAACUAUGGUGGAGUCCAGCUUACGAAGGGAGAAAAUAUUUAGAACUAUUCAAGAUACUGAUGGUGAUUGGUGUGUCCUUCAACAUCUUCUAGGAUGUUGCUUCCUUGCUCAGGGGCGAUAUGGAUUCCAUGGAAUCUUGAAAGAAAGGAAAGUUUGUGAAGCUAUUCGCUGUUUCUUCAGAGCUUCUUCUGGACAAGGAGCUUCCCAAGCUUUGCAGGCUUUGUCUCAUGAAGCAGGAUUGCCACAUCUUGGUUUUGAUGGUUGUGUAUCAUCUGCUGCUUGGAAGCUUCAUUACUAUGAAUGGGCCAUGCAGAUUUUUGAGCAAUAUGGCAUUGGUGAAGGUGCUUACCAAUUUGCUCUGGCAGCACUUGAGCAAGUUGACGAAGCUCUUACUCAGAAUGAUGAUUCUUAUGGGAGAGAUUUUCCCACUGAAUCAUCCUCUUCCAUUAAAGGACGACUUUGGGCUAAUGUCUUUAAGUUUACUUUAGAUCUCAAUCACUUAUAUGAUGCAUAUUGUGCCAUACUUUCUAAUCCGGAUGAGGAAAGCAAGUAUAUCUGUUUGAGGCGUUUCAUAAUAGUCCUCUAUGAGCGUGGAGGAGUCAAGGUACUUUGUGGCGGUCAAAUACCCUUCAUAGGAUUAGCAGAGAAGAUUGAGCAAGAGCUUGCCUGGAAGGCAGCGCGCUCGGACAUUUUGUUGAAGCCCAACCCAUAUAAGUUGCUGUAUGCAUUUGAAAUGCAUCGGCAUAACUGGCGAAGGGCAGCAAGUUACAUGUACCUUUAUUCAACUCGCUUGAGAACUGAAGUAGUUCUGAAAGAUCACCAGCAGAUAGUACUGGUGCUUCAAGAAAGGCUGAAUGGGCUUUCUGCUGCUAUCAACGCGCUCCAUCUUGUUCAUCCUGCUUAUGCUUGGAUUGAUCCUCUGCUUGAGGGAAAUUCUCUUAAUGAAUAUUAUCCUAGUAAGAAGGCCAAAAGAACAGCGCAAGAACAGUUAGUGGGAAGUGAUAUUCAGUCUCAAAAGCAGAACUCUUACAUUGAUCUUGAGAAAGUUGAAAAUGAGUUUGUGCUGACUUCUGCACAAUAUUUGCUGUCAUUAGCAAAUGUCAAAUGGACAUUCAGUGGAAUGGAUAAUGCUGUGUCGGAUUUGGUCAAUCUCUUGGUUCAAUCAAAUCUAUAUGAUAUGGCAUUUACAGUUCUUCUGAAAUUCUGGAAGCACUCUGCAUUAAAGAGGGAAUUGGAAAAAGUCUUCUCUGCUAUGUCAUUAAAAUGCUGUCCGAAUAAACUAGGCUCCUCAUCUACUGGAAAUGAUUUGAGGACUCACGGUCUUCUGUUGCCAUCCUCGACGAAAGAUGUGGCUGUUCAUUGUUCACCUGAUAUGGGCUCUAUGUCUCACCAGUCUGGAGGGACUACCCAAUGGGAAACUCUUGAGCGUUAUCUUGGGAAAUAUAAAACUUUUCAUGCUGGAUUACCAGCAACUGUUGCUGAAACACUUCUUCGUACAGAUCCCCGGAUUGAUUUACCUCUAUGGCUAAUACGUAUGUUCAAGGAUUUUAGAAGGGAGAGGACCUGGGGGAUGACGGGCCAGGAAUCCAAUCCUGCAACUUUGUUCCGACUGUAUGUUGAUUAUGGUCGAUUUAUGGAAGCUACAAAUUUGUUGCUAGAGUACAUGGAAUCAUUUACAUCAGUGAGACCAUCAGACCUGAUACAUCGGAAAACACCAUUUGCAGCAUGGUUCCCAUACUCGACAAUAGAACACUUGUGGUGCCAACUUGAUGAAUUGAUCAGUUUGGGCCACAUGGUUGACCAAUGUGAGAAGCUCAAAAAGCUAAUCCAUGGAGCUUUGCUGAACCAUCUAAAGAUACUAAAGGUGGAUUCCGAUGAUACAUUAUCUGCUGCUACCAGUUAAGAAAUGUUGUGCGACCUUCUAACUGUCUGUGGAGCGAAGGACAAUUUCCAGUCCUUUUACAACUGAUGACUCGGAUUCCUUGAGCACACAGUUAAGCAUCACUUUGCUUUCAUCACAUGUCAAUUUUGCCAAGGACUAUGGUGAAGCUGCAAUUCCUGAAGUCACCACUGUCUGUAAUUUAUCUUGUCGCAUGAACCUGCUACUAAUUAUGUGGGAUAAAAUCUACAUUCAGAAAAAUGGUGGACCGGUUUCUGCCUUUUGCUUUACCUACUGCCAAGCUGAAAAGAGGGUCGAAGGUUUUCUAGGGAUAAUAUAUGGCAGUAGACUUUAAGCCCUGAAAGAGUGUCAGAACCUUGGGCUUUUCUUCUCUUACCCUUUCCCUUUACUCUUGUAUAGAAGCCAUUAUGAGAUCUUCAUGUUUUUGUUCAUGCAGUUGACCGAGUGUAUGUAGAUACUAGGUUUGAAUUAACAAUCUAAGAAGAGGUUGGGUAGGUGUAUUUGUAGUGUAGGAACUCGAUCUUACUGUAUCUUGAUUCCAAUAUACAUGGGAGUUAAUUGCAGAAAUUGUUUCCUAUA